GCUCGCUGGGCUCCGCCAGAGUUGGUCCGCGGACCGGAUCACAGUCGGGGUUUGGGACCGGUGAGCUGCUGCUUCAGCCGACCGGAGAGGAGGAGAGCUGCGGACACAUCUGCUGUCACACGGUGGGCGCUGUCCUCCAGUCUGCUGCUCGUCCCCUCAGGUGGGCGCUGUCCUCCAGUCUUCAGGAUGCUCUUCUCAGGCAGACUCCGCCUCUUCCUGUUGGCCGUCUUUCUCAUCUGUCUCUUCCCUCAGGCGGCUCAGGGCCAAGUUUCGUCACCGCGCAGAUUUCGUGCCAAAGUCCUCAGCGCCACCAAACUGCACGUGUCCUGGAAGGAACCCAAAGGAGAGUUUGAAAGCUACAAAGUCAUUUACACCAAACUACCAGGUGGACCCCAGACGGAGGUUCAGGUGUCCAAGCAGGACCCGAAGCUGAUCAUCCAGGACUUCGAUCCGUCUAAAGAAUACGACUUUAACAUCAUAGCGCUGAAAGGAGGACGAGAGAGCAAACCUCUGCAAGCCAAACUGGAAGCUCAGAGGUCAGCCAUAGUGGAGUCCCAGACGGGUUCAGACAGCAGCACCACCAGAGAGAACAAUGAGAUUUCAGAAGCUGUGGAUGAGUUCAUGUGUAAAACUCCGGCCAUCGCUGACAUCGUCAUCCUGGUGGACGGAUCCUGGAGCAUCGGACGCAUCAACUUCAGGCUGGUCCGAACUUUCCUGGAGAACCUGGUGAGGGCCUUCAGCGUGGAGUUUGACAAGACCAGGAUAGGACUGGCCCAGUACAGCGGAGACCCCAGGAUCGAGUGGCACCUGAACGCUCACACCACCAAAGAGUCUGUGAUUGACGCUGUCAAGAACCUACCGUACAAAGGAGGGAACACGCUGACAGGUCUGGCGUUGACCUUCAUCCUGGAGAACAGCUUCAAACCGGAGUCCGGCUCCAGACCCGGCGUCCCUAAGAUCGGAAUUCUCAUCACCGACGGUAAAUCCCAGGACGACGUCAUCCCGCCGGCGCAGAGCCUGAGGGAGGCCGGCAUCGAGCUGUUCGCCAUCGGUGUAAAGAACGCAGAUGAGAAUGAGCUGAAGGCCAUCGCCUCUCCUCCAGAGGAAACUCAUGUUUACAACGUGGCCGACUUCAGCGUGAUGAGUGACAUCGUAGAAGGACUGACCAAGAGCAUCUGUGAACGAGUGGAACAGCUGGACAAACAGAUCAGAGGCGGAGGAGAACCCGCCCCCCCGCCCUCCGCCGUGGCUCCGCCCCGUGACCUGGUGACCUCUGACAUCACAGCCCGUAGUUUUAAAGUGUCGUGGACUCAUGCUCCAGGUCAAGUGGAGAAGUACCGAGUGGUCUACUAUCCAGCCAGUGGAGGACAGCCGGAGGAGAAGGUGGUCCCGGGCUCGCAGAACAGUGUGGAGUUGAACUACCUGAACUCUGUGACCGAAUACCAGGUGGCGCUGUUCGCCGUUUACCGCAGCUCGGCCAGCGAAGCCCUGAGAGGAAGCGCCACCACACUGGCCCUGCCCAUGGUCAACGACCUGGAGCUGUUCGAUAUUACCCAUAACACCAUGAGGGUCCGCUGGAGGACGGCCGCAGGGGCUUCUGGGUACAUGAUCCUGUACGCCCCGCUGACGGAGGGAGACCUCGCAGACGAGAAGGAGGUGAAGGUGGAGGGCUCCGUUAACCAGGUGGAGCUGGAGGGUCUGAGCCCGUCCACUGAGUAUACGGUGACGGUGUACGCCAUGUACGGAGAGGAGGCCAGCGACCCCAUGACCAGCCAGCAGACCACAUUGCCGUUGAUGCCGGCGAGGAACCUGCGCUUCUCAAAUGUGGACCACAGCUCCGCCCGCCUCACCUGGGACUCCGCCUCCAAAAAGGUCAACAGUUACCGCGUCAUGUACGUGAAGACGAACGGCGUCCAGACCACAGAGGUGGACGUGGGUCGGGUCACUUCCUGGUUACUGACCAACCUGACGUCUCUGACCGAGUACACGGUGGGCGUGUUCGCCGUCUACGACGAAGGACAGGCCGAGGCCGUGACGGACAGUUUCACCACAGCCACCGUCCCAGACCCCAUCGAUCUGAGGAGCCAUGACGUCACCACAGAUAGUUUCCGGGUGUCGUGGAAACAUCCGGCGUCUGAUGUGGUUCUGUACCGACUCACAUGGAUGCCCACGGACGGAGGAGACAGCGACGAGGUGAUGGUGAAUGGAAACACCAACACCUACCUGAUCAAAGGUCUAAGCCCCGCCUCCGAGUACGAGGUGCUCCUGGCAGCGAUCUACGCCAACGAGGUGGAGAGUGACGAGGUGAUCCUGGUGGAGACGACAGUUGAAAGAACCACCACCAUCGCCACGACGACCACCACCACAGCAGCUCCUCGUUACGGCGUCAGGAACCUGAAGAUCGACGAGGAGACCACCUUCAGCAUGAUGGUGUCAUGGCAACCGGUGGACUCCAGGAACAUCCGACAUUAUCGACUGAGCUACAUCAGCGCCAAGGGAGACCGAGCCGAGGAGAUGCGGACGGUUCCCACGGGUCAGACCAGCCUGGUUCUGCAGCCGCUGUUGUCCGACACCGAGUACAAAGUGUCCGUCACACCUGUUUACCUGGAGGGGGACGGACCCACGGCCGCACGCAACGGACGCACCCUUCCUCUGUCAGCUCCGAAGAACCUGCGAGUGUCGGAGGAAUGGUACAACCGCUUCAGGAUCAGCUGGGACGUGCCCCCCUCCCCCACCAUGGGCUACAGGGUGGUCUACCAGCCCCUGUCCGCCCCCGGCCCACCACUGGAGACCUUCGUGGGGGAGGACGUGAACACCAUGCUGAUCGUAAACCUGCUGAGUGGGAUGGACUACAGCGUCAAGGUGAUCGCCUCCUACACCACCGGCUCCAGCGAGGCCCUGGAGGGGAGGGCCAAGACCUUGUACCUGGGUGUGACCAACCUGAACACCUACCAGGUGAGGAUGACGUCCUUGUGUUCCCAGUGGCAGCCCCAUCGCCAUGCCAACGCCUACAGGGUGGUCCUGGAGUCUCUGCUCAACGGUCAGAGGCAGGAGACGAAGCUGAGCGGAGGAACCAGCAGACACUGUUUCAACAACCUGAAGCCCAACACACACUACAAGGUCAGCGUGUACGCCCAGCUGCAGGACGGCACCGAGGGGCCCGCCGUCACCACCACCCAGAGGACACUUCCUGUUCCGACUCCGGCGCCGACAAAACCCCCUUCCACCACACCGCUACCCACAAUCCCCCCUGCCAAGGAGGUCUGUAAAGCGGCCAAAGCUGACCUGGUCUUCCUGGUGGACGGUUCCUGGAGCAUCGGUGACGAUAACUUCCUGAAGAUCAUCCGUUUCCUGUACAGCACCAGUGGAGCUCUGGACCAGAUCGGACCUGAUGGAACACAGGUGGCCAUCGUCCAGUUCAGCGACGACGCUCGCACCGAGUUUAAGCUGAACUCGUACAGCGACAAAGAGCGACUGUUGGACGCCAUCAACAAGAUCACAUACAAAGGCGGGAACACCAAGACGGGUCGGGCCAUCCAACAUGUGAAGGAGAACAUCUUCACGGCAGAGGGCGGAGUCAGGAGGGGAAUCCCCAAGGUUCUGGUGGUUCUGACCGACGGCCGGUCCCAGGACGAUGUCAACAAAGUCUCCAAGGAGAUGCAGAUGGAAGGCUACAUCGUGUUCGCCAUCGGCUUCGCUGACGCUGACUACGGCGAGCUGGUGAGCAUCGCCAGUAAACCCAGUGACCGACACGUGUUCUUCGUGGACGACCUGGACGCUUUCAAGAAGAUCGAAGAGAAGCUGGUGACGUUUGUGUGUGAGGCUGCCACCGCCACCUGUCCUUCUGUACCGAUGAGCGGCAGCACAACCCCAGGUUUCCGUAUGAUGGAGCUGUUCGGGCUGGUGGAGAACCGCUACAGCAGCGUCUCUGGCGUUUCCAUGGUACCCGGCACCUUUAACACCUUCCCCUGUUUCCACCUGCACAGCGACGCCCUGUUGGCCCAACCCACCAGGUACCUCCACCCAGAGGGGUUGCCCUCAGACUACACCAUCACCCUGCUGUUCCGGUUGCUUCCAGACACUCCAGAGGAACCCUUCGCCCUCUGGGAGAUCCUCAACAAGAACAACGAGCCCCUGGUGGGCGUCAUCGUGGACAACGGAGGAAAGACUUUAACGUUCUUCAACAACGACUACAGAGGGGAGUUUCAGACGGUGACCUUCGAAGGACCAGAGAUCCAGAAACUGUUCUACGGCAGCUUCCAUAAGCUUCACAUCACCAUCAGUAAAACCAGCGCCAGAGUGGUGAUCGACUGUAAGAUGGUGGCGGAGAAAAGCAUCAACGCAGCCGGAAACAUCACCACAGACGGAGUGGAGGUCCUGGGACGGAUGGUCCGGUCCAGAGGCAACAAGGACAACUCUGCACCGUUCCAGCUCCAGACCUUCGACAUCGUGUGUAGUACGUCCUGGGCCAACAGAGACAAGUGCUGCGAACUGCCUGGUCUGAGGAAGGAGGUGGACUGUCCAUCUAUGCCCAAAGCCUGCACCUGCACCCAGGACAGCAAAGGCCCCCCAGGGCCCUCUGGAGCCCCUGGAGGUCCAGGAAUCCGAGGAGCCCGAGGUGAUCGUGGAGAGCCUGGUCCUGUGGGGCCGACGGGGCCAGUCGGAGACACAGGGGUACCAGGACCACAGGGACCCCCUGGACCACAGGGACCCAGUGGACGCUCCAUCAUUGGACCCCCGGGUGGUCCAGGUGAAAGGGGACAGAAAGGAGACGCUGGACAACAGGGUCCUCAGGGGGUUCCAGGUCGGGCUGGAGCUCCAGGCAGAGAAGGACCACCAGGACCCAGAGGAUUAACCGGAAAAGACGGCGCUCAGGGACGACCAGGCCCCUCUGGAGUCAUCGGAACACCAGGAGCUCCAGGGGCCCCAGGAAACACCGGCCCCCCAGGAAAACAGGGAGAACUGGGACCACCGGGUCUUCCAGGAGGAAAGGGUGAGAAAGGUGAACGGGGUGACGUCCAGUCCACGGCGGCGGUCCAGGCCAUCGCCAGGCAGGUCUGUGAGCAGCUGAUCCAGAGCCACAUGUCCCGUUACAGCUCCAUCCUGAACCAGGCGCCGAGUCCACCCGUGACCAUCCGGACCGUACCGGGACCCCCAGGAGAACCGGGCCGACAGGGGUCCCCGGGGGCCCAGGGAGAGCAGGGACCACCAGGGAGACCCGGGUUCCCAGGACAGAACGGACAGAACGGACAACCGGGAGAACGAGGUCAACCAGGGGAGAAGGGGGAGAAGGGCUCCCCAGGCGUGGGCGUCCAGGGCCCCAGAGGACCUCCAGGACCCCCUGGUCCUCAGGGCCAGGGCCGACCCGGCACCCAGGGCCCAUCAGGACGACCCGGCAGCCCCGGAACCUCCGGCAGACCUGGAGUACCCGGCCCCAUCGGCCCCGCCGGACCCCCGGGGUACUGCGACCAGAACUCCUGCGUGGGCUACAACGUUGGAGAAGGAGAGGAUAACACUGACGUCGGCGCUGUCCCCUCAGUCCAACUCCCGUCCAACGUCUUCCAAAACUACGGCGAAGCGGAGGAGGACGACCCCUACCGUGAUUGGCAGCCCAACUACCCCGCCCCCCAACCCGUCCAGGACGAACCGGAGCCGGGGCCCGACGGCGGCGUCUACCACCACGACCACCAUCGCAUCGCACGCAGCCCAGACGCCGAAUCUAACGCCGAGCAGCUGGGGCCGAAGAGGAGGUUAAAGAGAGGACUCAUUAACUGAGGCAGCUGAUUGGAGGACACACGGCCGCUCUGCGCUCUGAUUGGCCGGUUCAGAGAGGUUGCGGACUAAUCAACAAAGUGCCUGAUGUAGUGGAUUUCUUACGGACAUCGUAGAGGGAACGGGGUGGGGGAUCAGGUCGGGACUAUUUUAACUCAUCUAUGCUAUUGAAUUAACGUCAACGAAAGCGUUUUCUGUUGUUUUUAUGUGAUUGGAUUCUUUUGUCUGAGGAGAGACGUUUGUUUGGGAUGGAUGGAGUUUGACGGGUUCUGUCUUUGGAACAACAUUCGCACAAAUAACAUCUGGAGAGACCGAAGACGAGGGUCGACAGGAGCGUUUUCUACAGUGCAGGGGUGUUGAACAUAUGGCCCACGGACCAAAACCAGACCGCCAAAGGGUCCGGUCCGACCCACGGGAUGAACUUCUGUUGGAUUAGAAAUAGGUCAGAGCAGUCAGAGAAUACAACAGUAACAUAUAUAUAAUGAAAAGUCCAAAUAUUUGACUUUCAAAAAGGAAAAUUACAUGAAAAUAUUUAUUAUUACAAACUAUCCUUUCACAAAAAAAAAAUGUAACUAAAUAAAUAAUGGCAACUCCAAAUUUUGGUCUUUGUUUUAGUGCAAAAUGUUCCAA